AGUCCCGGUAAAGGCGGCGCCGGGCGGGGGCCGCGCUCAGUCUGGGCGCUGCGGGCUGCGCGGCUCCGGUCCGUGGUUCCCCUACCCCUUCUCAGGUCCUUUCCGCAUCGGUUCUUCCCAUGGGACAGCCGCACCGAGACCUCAGGACCCCUCCGCGCCCCCGGUGCCGCCGCCGGGACCUGCGUUAGGGCGCAGAUCCUGGUGACGGCAGGGGCACCCUGAGAUGUGCCACCCCUAGGCAAGGUGGCCCCACUGCCAGGGCACCCUGCCCCGAGACGAUGAGGACCCCUCUGCCGGCCUAAGGAGAAGAUCUCCUGCUGGUGCUGCUGCUGGUUGCUUUUCUUUUGCCUUUUCCCUUUCCCCCAAGGGGGGAAAUUCCAUGUGAGGGCUCCGCCACUUCUCACACCCUCCUUGUGCCACCUGGCAGCCGAGGGCCGGCAGCAUGGCAGCAAAGCAGCCCCCACCGCUGAUGAAGAAGCACAGCCAGACCGACCUGGUGAGCAGGCUGAAGACGCGCAAGAUCCUGGGCGUCGGAGGGGAGGACGACGACGGCGAGGUCCAUCGCUCAAAGAUUAGCCAAGUACUGGGGAAUGAAAUCAAGUUCACUGUGCGGGAGCCGCUGGGGCUCAGGGUCUGGCAGCUGGUUUCUGCCGUCAUGUUUUCGGGGGUGGCCAUCAUGGCCCUGGCUUUCCCUGACCAGCUCUACGAUGCUGUCUUCGAGGAGGAACCGGCGAGCAGCAAGACCCCGAUCCGGCUCUAUGGAGGAGCCCUCCUCAGUAUCUCCCUCAUCAUGUGGAAUGCCCUCUACACAGCUGAGAAAGUCAUCAUCCGCUGGAGCCUGCUGACUGAGGCCUGCUACUUCGCUGUGCAGUUCCUGGUUACCACUGCCUCCCUGGUGGAGAGCAGCCGGAUAGCCACGGGUGCCGUGCUCCUCCUGGUCAGCCGAGCCCUCUUCAUCCUCAUCAGUGUUUAUUACUACUACCAAGUUGGCCGCCGCCCCAAGAAAGUCUAACUCCUGGGCCGUCACAGGCUGGGGGGAGGGAGGGGGUUUGGGUUGGUAACUUUGAGUUCACCUCUGUUGGGUUUGCUUUGGGUUAGGGAUUUUUUUUGUCGUUGGGUUGGGUUUUGGGGUUUGUGGGGUUGUUUUCUUUUGGUUUAUCCCCUUUUGGUUCUGGAGGUGUUUCUUCCUUUCCCACUUACCGGCAUGAAUGGCUGUGUGCCCCGCUGCUGGUCCCAUUGCCAGGUGAAAUGGGGAGGGGGAGACACCCCUGCCCCAGUCCCUCUGCAGGAGGUGAGGAGCAGUGGGAGGAAGGCUCAGGGAGGUCUGUGGGCCUGGCAGGCUCAGGGAAAAUAGCUGGUUUCCCCACACACACUUCCCCCAGGGAUGGGGGGAACCGGCCUGGUGGGAUCGCAGGCUCUGAACCCGCUGGAACAAAGCACAAAACAAGACCAGCACAUCCAAACCAAAUCCCUGGGGAAGGCAGGGAAGCAACGAAGGACUUGGCUAGUCCCUUGGAUCAGCCCUCCCCUGCCUGCUGGGCUGGCCCCUCGUGUACAGCCUCUCCCCUCUGAGCCAGCACUGACUGUGUGGGGAGCGGGGAGCUGGACCGGCUUGGGUUAAGGCCAGCUUGUGGCAAACAGCUCUGCUUCCCUUGCUGCUGGAGGUGCCAGCCCCGUGCAAAGCUUGGCAGCAGACAGAGCUAAAGAAGAGGAAAUAGCCCAUUGAGCACAAAGACAUUCCAUUGCUUGGCAUGUGCCAUGAAGUUUCCAGGCUGGGGGUUUUGUCCCCUUCACCCAGCACACUUCUUACAGU